AUGGCCGGAGUUUUCUCCAACGCCUUGGAGAUGAUUAAGGAGUUAUCCACGCCUCACGCCAUUCAAUAUCUGGAUCCCAUUUGGAGUGGAGUUGAUGAGCAGCUUCAAAAGCUCCAGUCCUCCUUACUGCUUAUCCAGCAGCUUAUUGAAGAUGCAGAGGCGAGGCAGUUGACGGACAAGGCUGUCAGGUGCUGGCUUGUGUGGCUCAAUGAUGCAGUCUAUGACACUGAAGACAUUCUUGACGAGGCCCAGACGCGUGAACUAGUCAUCCAGCGCAAGGCAGAGCUUUCUGGUCGCCCAAGAAGCAAGGUGCGUGAACUCUUUUCUCUUGAUCAUAACCCACUCUUGUUUAAACUUCAGUUGGGGAAGAAGCUCAGAAAUGUCAAUAAGAGAAUAAAUGGGCUCAUUGAGGAGAUGGACAAGUUCAAACUCAGGGUUGUUGAAAACAACAGCAAACCUUUGGGGAACAGGCCUCAAACCUACUCAUAUGUGCAUGAAUCAUGA